UUUUUUGUUGUUGUUGUUAUUGUUGUUUUUACAUUUAAUUCGAAUGCGCACGUAUAUUAUCCUGCACACGCACAUAUUUAUCAUCUUUAACAAACCAACUAUUCGUAUCAAGAGUUGUAUAACACCAUGUAGUUUUAAUUUACAAUAAAAAAUCCAAAUCAUACAAAAAACUGCAGUGAAUGAACAAAACUCUUCACCACACCAUUAUCACUCAGUCGCCCCCUCAUCUUACGUCAUCACUCCGCGACAAGUUUAACAAAUAAACAGAGAAGCGUGUGCUGCAACGUCGCACUGCCACAUAUUAAGGCGAAAAAGGAGCAACGAGAUGAAACAAUGCCCAUUUGCUGGCUUAUUAGCGAAGAGGGCAAACACAAACCCAUCCAGCUGCCUCAUUUACAGACAGUUGUUGUGGGUCGAGGCCCAGAAACGACUAUCAAAGACAAAAAGUGUUCCAGACACCAAGGUAACAUUUCAGCCGACUGCAGCAGAGAGAGCAGCCACUCAACACAAAACAAAACAAUCUAUAGACGUUGAACUGAAAGCUGAAUGCAACAAAGGUUAUGUCAAAGUGAAACAGCUGGGGUUAAACCCCACCUCCAUAGGCUCCGUGGUGGUGGGUAAAGGCAACGAGGUCAAAAUGAAGCCUGGAGAACAGCUGCUGGUGGUCAACAGUCUUUAUCCAUACACUGUACAAUUUAAAGAAGAUAUCACUGGGAGCCAAGGUGCCAUUAAAAAAAUACCCCAGCAAGUCGAAAUAGAUGGAGGAAGCCAAAGCGAGGCUCCUAACAUGAAAGCUGCAAAACUCACAGAAAAAGUAACUACUGUCAGUCCUGGAGAAGCUACAAAAACUAGUGGAAAUUCUGGGCAUUGGAGUCAGGGCCUGAAAACUUCAAUGCAAGACCCCAAAAUGCAGGUGUACAAGGACGAUAAAGUUGUGGUGAUCAAAGACAAAUACCCCAAAGCUCGUUAUCACUGGCUGGUUCUUCCAUGGCAGUCGAUUCCCAGCCUGAAGGCUUUGAGUGGGGAACACUGCGAUCUGCUGAAACACAUGCAGAAAGUGGCUGACCGCAUGAUUCAGCAGUGCCCCGAAACCAACUCACUAAGCUUCCGGACCGGUUAUCACGCCAUCCCAAGUAUGAGUCACAUCCACCUCCAUGUGAUCAGUCAAGACUUUGACUCUCCUUGUUUGAAGAACAAGAAGCAUUGGAAUUCCUUUACAACGGACUACUUUAUAGAUUCUGAAAAUGUCAUUCAGAUGCUUGAAAAUGAUGGGAGCGUCUCUGUGAAGGAUGGGACCAGCGAGCUGUUGAAAUUGCCUCUCCGCUGUCAUGUGUGUCACAAAGAGUGUCCGACCAUUCCUGCCCUGAAAGAGCAUCUGAAGCGACACUUCUCCAAAUAAAAUGGGGACUUUUUAGUCUGACCUGUUUUGGUCAAAGUUAUUUCUAGAAAUUUCAAAGCCAAGCAAUUAUUUUUCUGGGUUUUUAUAAGUUGGAGUUUCAAGUCAAAAUCUUCUUUGAAAAUACUUAUUAUCCAUCACGUGUCAGAACAUUCUUGAGGCUAAAAGUUUCCUGGAAAAACAUGUUGCAAUAAUAGUUAUCUAAGCGCAAAGUUUUAUUUUUGCCUUGUUUUUCUUUUUUUUUUUUGACGUUUAUUACUUUGUUCAGUGUUUGUUCUGACACAUUUUUCUUGUUUUUGUUUGUACAAACAACAAUUUUGAGCUUGAAGUACUCUUUAAAGUGUUUUACAGCACAUAAUAAAUGAGUGGAUAAAUUCGUGAAUUCAUUUAGGGAAUAAAUUAAAGUGCAACCAGA